GUUUAUUAUCAUUUUAUUUUCAUUUUAAAGAAUGACUUGCAAAAUUUUUAUUUUUUUUCUUCAAUUCUUUGAUUCUUAAUAUAUGUAUUUAUAUUUUAAAUGUAUAUGUAUGUGUAUUUAUUUCAAAUAUAAUUAUAACGUUUGUAAUAAUAAUUAUUAAUUUUUAAAAAUAAAAUAACAAACGAAGAUUAUUUCAAAUUACAACAUGAAUCAAAUACAAAAAACAUCAAUAGAAAUAAAGCUUCCAGUACCAUGGGGUCAUAUUGCAGCCAAAGUUUAUGGUCCCUCGAAAGAAAAGAAAAUUUUGAUGGUACAUGGUAUUUUAGAUAAUGCAGGAUCAUUUGAUAGGUUAGUUGAACUUCUUCCACAAGAAUAUCAAUAUGUAAACAUAGAUUUACCAGGACACGGAUUGUCAUCUCCAUUAUCAUAUGGAACACCAUUACAUUUUUUUGAUUAUGUAUAUUCAAUAUUACUUGUUUUAAAUGCAUUGAAAUGGAAAACCUGCAUAUAUAUAGGACAUAGUUUUGGAGCUCAUAUUGGGACAUAUUUCAGUAUUUUAUAUCCUGGAAGAUUUGAAAAAAUAAUAGCAAUUGAUGGUUUUAUAUCUAUUCCUAUUGAGAAUGUUGUUUCUCAUAUUCAAGAUAAAUAUAAUCUAGAUGCUUAUGCUAAAGACUCUGAAACACUUUACACUAAAGAUGAAAUAAUAUAUGCUUUAAAAUUUAAAAGACAAGAAACAUUAAAAUUAGAUGCUGCAGAAGCUAUAUUUAAACGUGCUGUUACUAAAGUUAACAAUUUGUACAAAUAUAAUCGUGAUACAAGAUUAAGAUUUAUGGUAAAACCAUCUUUUACAAAAGAACAACAAGAGAAAUUUUUUAUUAAAUAUGCAACUAAAACAUUAGUAAUUGUAGCAGAUAAUUCCAGUCAAGUAAAUUCUUUAUUAGAAUUAUUAAAUACAAUUCUUAAUAUUUGUGAGAAAAAUAAAAUUUCUGUAAUUACUGUAAAUGGAAAUCAUGAUAUACAUAAUAAUUAUCCUGAAAGAAUAGCAUUUCAUAUAUGUAAAUUUCUAAAUACUAAUGAUUUGCAAAGUAAAUUAUAGUUUUAUUUUUAGAAAAGAAGAAUUGAUGGUAUUAUAUCAUUAUGGAAAUAUAUAGGAUAAAUUGAUAUAAAUAAUUUUAUUUUUAUAUAUAUAUAUAAAUUUUAUUGUAUGUACAUUGUAUUCUUAUUUUAUAUUGUACUUCAAUUUUUGAAGUAUGUAAGCAAAUGUACAUUUUAAAUAUAUUAUAAUUAUAUAAAA